CAGGUGAUCGGCACCUUUAUUUUGAAAGACUAGCCGAGCGCUUCCUGCGGGCUUGUUGAUGCGGCGGUCACACUUGCAUACAUACGGCGCUUUACCAACUUUUUACCGUCUACAAAAGAAACGACGGAUGCCUAAACGAAUUUAACCCAAAGUCCAAGUCUCUUAUUUUCUCAGGAGGGUGAGUGUGUGUUUGUGGUCUCUGUGAGACUAACAGAGGACUGGAGAGCCAGUAACUGUGUUUUAAUCAGCCUCACAUUGAGGAGUAUUUCUGGGAGUGUAUGCAUGUGUGUCAUCAUGGGCGACGUCAUUGACUUGGACAGACAGAUCGAGCAACUCAGACGUUGUGAGCUUAUCAAGGAAAAUGAAGUCAAGGCGCUGUGUGCCAAAGCGAGGGAGAUUCUUGUGGAGGAGAGUAAUGUUCAGAGGGUAGAUUCUCCUGUCACAGUCUGUGGAGAUAUACAUGGGCAAUUUUAUGAUUUAAAGGAGCUAUUUAGGGUAGGGGGUGAAGUGCCAGAGACAAACUACCUCUUCAUGGGAGACUUUGUGGACAGAGGGUUCUAUAGCGUGGAGACGUUUCUAUUGCUGCUAGCAUUAAAGGUGCGAUACCCUGACCGAAUAACUCUGAUCAGAGGGAAUCACGAGUCGAGGCAGAUCACGCAAGUGUAUGGCUUUUAUGACGAGUGUCUUAGAAAAUAUGGCUCUGUUACAGUCUGGAGGUACUGCACAGAGAUAUUUGACUACCUAUCGCUCUCAGCCAUUGUUGAUGGCAAGAUAUUUUGUGUGCAUGGUGGGCUUUCUCCAUCUAUUCAAACUUUGGAUCAGAUCAGAACUAUUGACAGAAAACAGGAAGUUCCUCAUGAUGGACCCAUGUGUGAUCUACUGUGGUCUGACCCUGAGGACACCACAGGGUGGGGUGUGAGUCCAAGAGGAGCUGGAUAUCUGUUUGGUAGUGAUGUGGUGGCGCAGUUUAAUGCUGCCAAUGAUAUCAGCAUGAUCUGCAGAGCUCAUCAGCUGGUGAUGGAGGGCUACAAGUGGCAUUUCAAUGAGACCGUGUUAACGGUGUGGUCUGCGCCAAACUACUGUUAUAGAUGUGGUAAUGUGGCCGCCAUUUUGGAGCUUGAUGAGCAUCUCCAGAAAGAGUUUAUCAUAUUUGAAGCUGCACCUCAGGAAACCAGAGGCCUCCCCUCUAAGAAACCUGUGGCUGACUACUUCCUUUGACUUUCCAGUCCAGGAGGAAAUUUGGAAGCAUCAGAAACAACAUCUGUAUAGACUGACUUUUUUUUAAUGCUUUUUUUUGUGCUGGCCAACUUUUAUCUGCACAACAUCAGUACUUCUGUGAAUGGACCAGCAUUUACUGCCUGUUUCUCAUAUUCCUUCCUUGUUACAAACUUUUUUUCUUACAUCUUGUAAAAUGUAUUUGAAACUGUUUUGACUGUCCCCAAUUAUGUGGUAGUUUUGUAUUUUCAAACUGGUGAUAUUUUUUCCAACAAAAAGAAUAAAAUGAGUAGGUUUAUAUAUUUGCAUAUAUAAAUCUGUACAGAAAUGAGCAAAUA